AAACGAAGUACUCAAAACGAGUCUGUGAUGCAACUAUUUUAUGCUCAAUGCUAGCACUGGAGAAGCCAAAUCCGAGCGUUUCAUCUCGAGUAUCUCCAACUCUUAGAGCUCAUUUUUUCUUUACCUCGACAAAGAGAACAGGGUAUGAGUUUCCAGAAUUCUCCCAUGGAGGCACUCGCGAAGAAGAACGUCCUAAAAACAGAAAGAUCUAACCCCAUCGUGAUCCUACCAGAACACGAAACACCCGAGAGUUCCCUUUUCUUAACUAGCCUCGAUCAAGUGGCUCCCGCAAUGGUGCCGUCCGUUUAUUCUUUCGACAGGAGCGGCGCAAAUGUAGUAGACGUGAUUAAGCAAGCUUUGGCCAGAAUUCUGGUUCAUUACUAUCCAAUUGCGGGGAGAUUAGCCAUAAACUCUCAAGGGAAGUUGGUUGUUGACUGCCAAAAGAAGCUAGGAGUCCCAUUUGUAGAGGCAGUGGCUGAUUGUGGCAUUGAAAAUCUGGGUGAUAAGAGGCUUCUCGAUUCUGAUAUUUUAGAUAAGCUUGUUUACAGAGAUCCUAUGGAACAUAUACUUGAAGUUGCCCCCCUUCUAACUGCACAGGUGACGAAAUUUAAAUGUGGAGGUUUCACCUUAGGGAUUGCACUUAACCAUUGCAUGGCAGAUGGUGUGUCGGCAAUGAAUUUUAUGAACGCAUGGGCUGAAAUAGCAAGAGGCAAGCCAUUGUCCCUCGUCCCUUAUCAUGAUAGAACCAUCUUAAAAUCAAGGGUGCCUCCUCAAAUCACCGGUCCUUACAACGAAUUUGUUCACAUAAGUGAUGUAUCAAACAUGACAGCAAUAUAUGAGGAACAACAACUUGUAUAUAAGUCUUUCCAUUUCGAUGCUGAGAAGCUGGCAACCGUCAAAAGAAUGGCAACAAAAAAUCAACAGGUUACGAGCAGCUACACCAGCUUCAUAGCACUUGCAGCCUUAGUGUGGCGGACUCGAAGCGUGGCCCUCAAGAUGAAACUUUACCAACAAUCGAAGCUCCUUUUACUUGUUGACUUCAGGUCUAGGCUAAAAACACCAUUGCCUGACGGAUAUUUUGGGAACGCGGUCGCCAUGCCCUGCUGUCUUUGCACCAUGGGAGAACUGAUUGAGGAGCCAAUCUCUGCUUCUGCGGAAAGAAUAAAGAAGGCGAUUGAGAGUGUGACUGACGACUACAUACGGUCAAGGAUUGACUAUUUGGACAUGAAACGAUUAGAGGGGUUGCCCGUGGGCACACUAAUAAUAAGUUCAUGGGUGAGGCUCGAGUAUGGCCAGACGGACUUUGGGUGGGGGGAGCCAAGGUUUGGGAUCGGUGGCCUGCCGAGCUCAAGCUGCAUGUUCAUGUCAGAAGGAAGAGAGAAGGGCAUUGCGGUGAUGUUGGGUCUGCCACUUUCAGCCAUGAAUACCUUCGAGAAGCUUGUUUGUGAUCUAAAUGAUACUCAGCACACUAAUAGUGGUAUUCAAAGCUAGUUUGCAGAGUGUGACCGACUGCAAGGGGAUCAUCUUAUUCAACAAGUGAAUGAUAUUGUCACAUAAGUUAAUAAAUCAAUUCAGAGUUUGGUUUUGAAUAUUUAGCAUAAUCUGUCGGAAUUCCAGGUAUACCUUGUGUCUUCUCAUGUUUUUUCAGCUGUCAUUGUCAAAGACCAAUUUAAUAAAAUAUGAUCUUUCUGCUUGUCCUGAA